AUGGCAACUAGUAAAUCAAAUAGUACAAAAGAGAUUGAAUCAACAUCUAGCCACUUCAAGCGUACAAAUGCAAAUCAACAUACUAAGAUGCAAAGAAUGCAAAAUAUUCUUCUAGUCUGGUUGGACAACAAUAUUAAUGGUAAUAAUGCCGAUUGUAGUCACACUAUCAAGCAAUUGAAACGUGUAGUUAACAACGUAAACAGGUUUACAGAUGACAAACAAUGUAUUGAAUUUAUUCAAACUAUUACCAAUAACAAAGUAUGUAUGAUUGUUUCUGGUUCACUUGGAAAACAUAUUGUGCCUCAUGUGCAUGAUAUGUCCCAAGUAGACACCAUUUUCAUUUUUUGUAACAAUCGAGAAUGGCAUGAACAAUGGGUCAAAGAAUGGCCUAAAAUCAAAGGAGUCUUCACAAAUAUAAUAUCAAUUUGUGAAGCUCUUGAACAAACUGCUUACCAAUGUGAACAAAAUACCACAUCAAUCAGCUUUGUGGCAUCAAACAAAAAUUUGGAUCAAUUAGAUCCAUCAUUUAUGUAUACUCAGAUCUUGAAAGAGAUCUUAUUAACCAUCAACUUCGAAGACAAACAUUUCAAAGAAUUUAUUACGUAUUAUCGUGAAGUAUUUGUCGAAAAUGAGUAUGAUUUACAUAAUAUUGAAAAAAUGGAAUGUGACUAUCAUAAUCAAAGACCUAUUUGGUGGUAUACUUAUCAAUAUUUUUUAUAUUCGAUGCUCAAUCAAGCAUUAAGAUCAAUGGAUGUUGAUAUUAUUGUUCGAAUGGGUUUCUUUAUUAAUGAUCUACAUCGUGAUAUUCAACGACUACAUUCUAAACAAUUUAAUAGUGAACCAUCUAGUGAAACAUUUACAGUUUAUCGUGGGCAAUGUCUUUCGAAAGAAGAUUUCACUGAAAUGACAAAAACUAAAGGUGGACUUCUUUCAUUUAAUAACUUUUUAUCGACUAGUACAAAUCGUGAUGUUUCUCUCUGUUUCGCACCACAAGCUGCUGCAAAUCCUGAUCUUGUUGGAAUUCUAUUUGUUAUAUCCAUUAAUCCUACGAAUUCAACAACUCCAUUUGCUUCUGUUACAGAUGUUAGUUACUUUCAUACAGAAAAUGAAGUUCUUUUCUCUAUGCAUACCAUUUUUCGCAUUGGAAAUAUUCAACCAAUGGAUGGAAAUAAUCAUCUCUAUCAAGUGAAUUUAACAUUAACCAAUGACAACGAUCAAGACCUUCGAACUCUUAGCGAUCAGAUCCGGCAAGAGACCUUUCCAGAUGCAGAAGGGUGGUACAGAUUGGGAUUAUUACUGAUUAAAAUGGGUCAAUUUACCAAAGCUCAAGAAAUUUAUCAAGUUUUACUUCAUCAAGCAACAAAUGAGAGUGACAAGGCACCGAUUUACUAUGAACUAGGUUGGAUCAAAUAUAACCAAGGAGAAUAUCAAGAAGCACUUUUAUCUCUUGAAAAAGCUCUUACAAUUCGACAACAAUUACUUCCUUCCAAUCAUUCUAAUUUGGGAGAUUCCUAUAACAGAAUCGGUAAUGUGUAUUACCGCAGGGGUGAUUAUUCAGAAGCACUUUCUUAUUAUGAAAAAGCCCUUGCAAUUCGACAACAAUCACUUCCUUUUAAUCAUUCUGAUUUGGGCCAUUCCUAUAUGGGCAUCGGUAAUGUAUAUUACUGCAGGGGUGAUUAUUCAAAAGCACUUUCUUAUUAUGAAAAAGACCUUGCAAUUCGACAACAAUCACUUCCUUCUAAUCAUCCUGAUUUGGGUGCUUCCUAUAUGGGCAUCGGUAAUGUGUAUUACCGCAGGGGUGAUUAUUCAGAAGCACUUUCUUAUUAUGAAAAAGACCUUGCAAUUCAACAACAAUCACUUCCUUCGAAUCAUCCUGAUUUGGGUGCUUCCUAUAUGGGCAUCGGUAACGUGUACUACAGUAUGACUGAUUAUUCAAAAGCACUUUCUUAUUAUCAAAAAGGCCUUACAAUUCAACAACAAUCACUUCCUUCUAAUCAUCCUGAUGUGGGUGCUUCCUAUAUGGGCAUCGGUAAUGUGUAUUACUGCGAGGGUGAUUAUCCAAAAGCACUUUCUUAUUAUCAAAAAGGCCUUACAAUUCAACAACAAUCACUUCCUUCUAAUCAUCCUGAUUUGGCUUCUUCUCGCAUGGGCAUCGGUAAUGUGUAUUACUGCAGGGGUGAUUAUCCAAAAGCACUUUCAUCUCAUGAAAAAGCCCUUACAAUUCAACAACAGUCACUUCCUUUCAAUCAUCCUGAUUUGGGUGCUUCCUAUAACAACAUCGGUGUAGUGUAUGAGAAUAUGGGCAACUAUUCAAAAGCUCAUUCGUUUUACGACCGUGCUAUACAAAUUGGACAACAAUCAUCACCAACAAAUCAUCUUAAUCUUCAAAUAUAUAGAAAAAACCUUGAACGCACGAAAAAGAAAUUAUACUUUCUUUCUGUAUUUGUUUUGAAAGUAAAAUAA